UAAUUGUGUGCGUGCAAAUGGAAGUGAGCACCAGACAUGUGGCACGCGCAAUCAAAUUAUGGCUUCUGAUCUUGGGCGGAGGAUUGAAGCUCAAACUAUGUAGCGGGGGAAGGAAACAGGCACUCGCACUUGGUGAUGACUUUAACUGGGAUUGAGGAUUGAUCGCACUUCCUGUGCGUUUGUCAGGAUUUCGUGAGGCUGGUUGGGUUUUCUGUGCAUACAGCAAUGCGACGAGAGGUGAGGGUGGAUGCAUGAGUUGGAGUCGUCUUGAUCUGAUCUGACCUACCUUCUUGGCUUCGUUCCUUUUCUUGGACUUUGUAACGCUUUUCAGUUAGAGGCAGCUGAUCGGAGAUGCGAGUUGAGGUUAAAUGAGGUUUAGCAAGAAGUACAUCAUUCUUGUGGAUACAGAGGCACACGUAUUGCUUCCAAAGUGUUCUAAUGUGGAAUUAAAAUGAUUCAAGAAGCUGUUGGAAAGGUGAUCCCUUCAUUGUGCUGCAAAAGAGUAUUCAUCUUCCGGAGAGGUUGUGAGUUAGGUGCUUGUGGGGGUAAAGCGGAAGGGAAAAACCUAACGACGAGGCGGAGAAGGACGAGCUGCAGCAGCAGCAGGAGCGAUCGAGCGGACGAACGAAGCAACGAGCGCUGGACAAAAGAAGGCUCGCACUUGUUCUCUCUCCACUUUUGUGUGCCCUGCGGCUUGGACUUUGGAGAAGAAGCAGAGCAGAGGAGCAGGAAAGCGCAACAGGGAGUUUGUGGCUGGACGGUGGAGGAAGGAAGGAAGGACUGCAUGGCAUGCAUUAGCGCGGCUUUGCGAGUGAUGGCUCGAGCAACGACGGUCGAGUAGGGGGAGCGCGAGCGAUGAGGGUGUGUGUGUUGGCAACGAAGAAGCUCGGGAGGAGUGAGUAGAGCGGUAGAAGUGCAGCCAGAAGCAGGAGCGUCUAGGAGCUUCGAGGGGAGAAGAAAAGAGCGUGAGGUUUGCCUGGAAUUAGACGCACAACAAAUGAACCAAUGAGAGAUCAACAGUUUGGAAACACAAGGCGCUGAAUCGCAAGUGUUGGGGGAUUUUGAGUCGGGGCUCAAGAAUCACGAAGCUGGUGAGGUGGCGAAUAAAACAUUUUCGAACGCGUCGACAAAGUUCUCGUCGGAGGGAGCGGGGUACGACCAGUCGGUUGCUGGAAGGUCCGGGAAUUUCGUCGGUUCAGAUUCAGGGGGUUUUUUUUUGUUUGGGGGCUUGAUUCUGGAUAAGGAUAGGUAGGAAGCAAAGAACGGGGUUGUGAGCCUAAACUCCCCACCCUUCAGGGUUUGUAGUCCAGGUGGGGGUUCGAGCUCCCAUAAUCUAACUUCUCUGAUCUCGACCAUGUGGUCAAAGUGUAUUCAAGACAAUGAGAUCAUAAACACUUGCUCUUUCACAGACAAAUUAUCUAGAACUGAAAAUAAUAACUUGAUGUCUGUUAUCUCCACAAGAGCAGCACACAAGCUCUUUGUUACAUAAAGAUCUAACCCAACUCUGGGUG